UGUCUCAGGUUCAUAUCUCACUAGCUUCAGCCUACAGGAGCGAUUAGAAAUAAAUUAAAAAAAAUUGAAAAAUGAAAAUGAUAUAGAGAAAACUUUAAUUAAACCGCAUACAUCUGACAACAACAUGUAUCGAAUUCGCCAACUCCAACUCUCCAAUGACCACAAUUAACAACUUGGUAAAACAAGGACCAUAAUAGCCAAUACACAAAAUCUUUCACACUUUCACCGGCGAUAACAUCUUCAAUUCUCCGCCGGCGGCGGCGGUGGCAAUAAAGAAAAUGGGCGGCGGAGAAGGAAAAGAAGGAGACUGGGAGUGUGGUGGGUGUGAAAACAGAAACUAUGCAUUCAGAUCUUUUUGCAAUAGAUGUAAACAGCCACGUUUGCUUGUUGAUUCCAAAACUCCCUCUGAUUCUAAAUGGCUUCCUAGAAUCGGUGAUUGGAUCUGUUCUGGCUGCACUAACAACAAUUAUGCCUCGCGAGAAAAGUGCAAAAAGUGUGGACAAGCAAAGGAAGUAGCAGCUAUACCAGCACUUGCAAUGCCCGGGCCUUCUCUGCAAACUCAUCCACAUUAUUUUCCCAGGGUACAAGGACUACAACACCAAAGGUUGAACGGAGCUCUUCAACAGUCUAUUCCUCUGAGCCCCAGUUGGGUUUUAGGAGGUCCAGACAAAUACGGAGUUCAACGACCUUCAGCCUGGUCUAUGGGUCCUACAAAUGCAGUUCCAUAUGCACACCAAGUCAGCCAAGUUGUGGUUCCGAAAGGAUGGCGCAAUGGCGACUGGAUCUGCGCUUGUGGUUUUCACAAUUAUUCUUCUCGAGCACAGUGCAAAAAGUGUAAUGCUUCCAUGCCCCCAGCUCUGGGUACGAAACGAUUGGCAUCUGAAGACCUUGUUCAAGACUUGGAUAACAAACGACUAAAUGCUGGGCAGACAUUGCAGCUGCAGCCGUCAUAUCUACCACUUGGGCAGAUACCAAGUUCUUCAUACUUAACGCCUCUUCAGAUGGCGCCUUCAGCCAGUAAUCAAUCAGCUGGUCACAUUCAGCUUUAUUCUGAUGGAAUCUCAACCACAGUGCAACAUCCGCAACUCAGCCUGCAAUUGCCUCAUAUAAUGUCAAUGCCAGCACUUCCCCAGAAAGGGGCAAAGCAUUGGCGUGAUGGAGAUUGGAUGUGUGCAAACUGUGACAAUCACAACUAUGCAUCUCGAUCCCGUUGCAAUAAGUGUAAUACCCAAAAGGAAGGGCAUGUUCUCCCUGUAAGCGUUGCAUAGGAAAAUACACACAGUUGCAAAUCGGCGCAUACUUGGCAGCCAUUUUCUGCAGAUUUUAGUGAACUACUUGGCGCAUUGGAUAUCGAAAAAAGAGGUAUAUGUAGAAUUGAAGAUGAUAAAUAGUGACAAUUGUGGUUAUGCGGAGUGUAAGGAGUGUCUGUUGUUGAGGUAUAUUUCUGUUUCAUUGUGAAUUCUUGUAUAUCAUCAUCAUGGCCUUUCAAAACUUAUUUUGUAGCUCAUAGCUGAUAGCUAAGAUGUCGUUUUGUAACGAGUAAAUGAUAUCAUCUAGCUCACAAAAGUAUGUGGAAGUGCCCAAUGAGUUGUGCUUGUGCUGAAAACUUCUUGGUGCAUGCCAGGGUUAUAACAAAAAUGCAGUAUUUUAAGUA